AUGGGUCUGCAAGAUCCCGAGCUGUUAUACUCCAGGAAACAGAAAUCUUUGCCUUAUCAUUAUUCGAUCACCAUAAUAAGAACUAUGCCACACCACGAGAAAAAAGCAAAAAAACGAGAAAGUCGAUCAAACGAAUCGAAGAAGAAGAAGAAUCGCAAACGUCAUAGUACCUCUUCGAGCUCGUCUAGUGAAUCUGACAGUGGUGACAGGUUCCAAUCGGUUCUUGACAAGCAACGGUCGGAGAAGAGACGCUUGAGAAAGCUAGAAAAAGAGCGUUUGAAAGCAAAGGAAACUCCAGAGGAAAAGAGGGCACGUCGUUUGGCGAAGAAACUCAGGAAGGUCCGUUUUAGCAAUCUCCUUUUGUCAACUAGGAAAUUUCUUCGUGUGUUUGCAAUAUUCCUAUUGCAGGAGAAAAGAAAGAAGGAGAACUCGAGCUAUUUACCACCACAGAUAGCUUACACAAACCUCAACAACCCGUUUAAUGAUGAGCUAAAACGUGCACGUGACGCUCGACUUGCCGCCCGUGAGGAUAUGGAGUUGAUGCAGCGCGAUGCGGAUAGAAAAACACACUUUGAGUGGACCAGUAAAGAGGCAGAAUUUCAGCUCCAGCAGGCCAAGGUACGUUCAAAGAUUCGUAUUGAACAGAAUCGUGCCAAGCCUAUCGAUUUACUUUCCAGGUAUAUACAAUAUGGUGAUGAGAACGUUGAAGAAAUCGACGAGAAAAAAGAGGAUGAAUUUGAACUAGAAGAGCCUAUUAAGUACAUCAAAGGGCUUAGUCAAGAUGACUACGAGGAUUUGAUUGAAGAUAUAAAGGUGUAUCGUUCUCUUGAUGGAGAUAGACACUCAGAUUUUUGGAGGGACGUUCGAUGUAUUGUUGAUGAUGAAUUGCGGAAAUUAAGGGAUGAUAGAGGACGACUUGGAGCAUCAAUCCAUGGUUCUGUUCAGCGAGAUAUUGAUAAAAUUUUUAAGGUAAGACAUUUUUCUUCUGUUUCUUUUGUCUAUUUUAUCGUACUGUGUUUGAUAGCAGUACGGACGCAACAUUUAUUUACUAACUUUCUAAAUAAAAGCAGCCAUUAUUACAUGGUGAGGAAUGGUUGA